GCAGGUGGUGGACUUUAAACCGAGGUGGAGGAACAGGUGACGCAGAGCCGGGAAAUCUUCUUCCUGGAAAGAAGGCCAGCAACUGCAAAAAUGGCGAAGUUCUUCACACCGGUUCAAAUCAACGAGUUCAAGGAGUGCUUCUCUCUGUACGACAAGAAACAAAAGGGCAAGAUUGUUGUCAAAGACCUGAUCACAGUCAUGCGCUGCCUCGGUACGAGCCCCACCUUCGGGGAAGUCGAAAGACACCUACAAGUUCACAAAAUCGAAAAGAGCGGUGAGCUGGACUUCUCUACCUUCCUGACGAUGAUGCACAGGCAAAUGCAACAGGAAGACCCCAAGGCAGAAAUCCUGGAGGCUUUGAGGAUGACGGACAAACAGAAGAAAGGCUUCAUCCAGGCCUCCGAGCUGCGGGCCAAGCUCACCAUGCUGGGGGAGAAACUCACAAACAAAGAAGUGGACGAGCUCUUCAAAGAGGCAAACGUCAAGUCCAACGGGCUUAUCAACUAUGAGGAGUUCACGCAGAUGGUGACGCUGCCGCCCGUCGAUUACUGAUGUUCCCAGUCGACUUCACACACAUUUAACUCGAUGGUUUGCAGAAAUCCCACGAAGGUGAAACUAACACAUUGUGACCCAAUGCUGUUGUACUGUAACUAACUAACAAGAUGAUGAAUUGGCAUGUUAUCCUUUCAUGGCCUCAAUUUGAAUCCCCUUUACUCUUGUUGUCGAGUCAAUCAAAUGUAACCUCCAGUUUGGCAUCUUCUCUCUGUACUUCAGCAUGCGUAUAAGCAAUAUAUUAAACCCUUCAUCUCAAGA